GUUCGGUUACGCCCAGCCCGGCGAGGUUUUGGGUCCAAUCCACGCGGGUCCGCAGGGAUUACCCCCGCCGGGGAAUAAACCCGGCCCAUCUAGUUUUUCUCGUUCGGUUAAGCCCCGCGUUGUAUUUCCCCGGCCCAAACCUCUCCAAACCCACGCGGAAAAAAUCAUCCACUAGCACCCCGUGGAAGGAAUCCCCGAGCGAAGCGCUCGUCUCAUCUCUCCCGAGCAACAGAAGCGGCGGCAAGGAGGCGGCGAGGACAAGUGGACGGCGGCGGCGCAACCUACCCGGAGGAGGAGGGUGCCCUCCUGCUUCGACGACCUGCCACGAAGCCCGCCGGAACCCUAGCCUCUAAUUGUCCCAUCUCCCCCGCCGCCCCCUUGCUGCGGGCCUGUGGCCGUAACCCUAGCUCCGGAGAAGUGGUUGCUGCAGGCGAGGAGAUCUCUGAUAUAAGCUAGCUUCGCCGCCUCACAGCUACAGCAAGACCCUGAAUUGGGCAGCAUCGUGAAGGACAAGAAGUCACUAUGAUGACUGCUCGAGGGUCACCAAGGUUGAGCCUCCUCAAAAAAGCUGUCGAAAGGGAUAGAGCAUCACCUCCUACAAGCAGUGUGACAAAGAGGAGGAGAGGGUCUCCCAAAGAAGAUAGAGCACAGUGGAAUGCAAGCCUUGAGAAAGAUCUUGUGGACUUGCUUCGUGAGCAUGAUACACCUGAACAUAAGGGUCAAAAUGGAUGGAGCUCAGAAGCAUGGAAUACGAUAGUGAAGAAAUUCCACCAAAAGAAUCCUUAUGCUAGGUACGAGAAGAAGAAAAUCCAAGAACAGGAAAAAGAGUUGAAAAGAGAAUACAAGAAGAUCAAAGAGAUAAGGAAGCAAAGCAGCGUUUCAUGGGACGACCGGCAGUGCAGGAUUCUAGCGGAUCCACCACUUUGGAAAAACAUCAUCAUAUCACACCCUAAAGCUGGAAAGUUCAAGACAAAAGGCUUCCCUCUUUUUGAAGCUUUGGGAGAAUUGCAUGAUGGCCAAACUGCAGAAGGGACAUAUAACUUCACCUCUAUCGAGUCAUCACAUUGCUCAACCCAAUCAGAUCUCGAGAAUCUUGGAGGAGCUGGCAAGAAUCAAGGAGAAACAUCAGCUGAUGGUGAGAAUCUUGGAGGAGAAAGGGUGCAGAUCGAUGAAGAUGUUGAGGAGGUUUACGUGCAAGAAAACAUUGUUGUGGAGCCCGAGCAAACUCAACCAAAUUUGGCUACUGCACCCUCAAGAAAUGGAGAAGAGAAAGAACCAAAGAGAAGGAGGGGGGCGAAUGGUGAUGUGGCUGCAAUGAUGGAGAAGUACUUGGAAAUAAGGACGAAGCAGGUGGACGAUGAGAGGAAUAAGCCAAGGGUCGUGGAUGAGUACUCUAUCAAAAACUGCAUUGAUUUGUUGAAAACAAUGGAGAUCACACUUGAAGAAGAAGUCAAGGCUUUCCGAGUCUUCAAGAUCCCCGAGAACCGAGAGAUUUUCAUGAGUGCCAGACCGGAGACUGCUCUUAUGUGGCUGAGAGCUGAAAUGGAAUAACUCAGGAGUUCUACAUAAGAAUGCUCCAGAAGAAGAGCGAAGGUGCCGCGACUUGGAUCUAUUUGUGUGUGCUUUUCAGUGGAAGGCUUCAUAUCUAUUCGCUGGGUUUUGUCCAUGUGAUAUUUGUAGAGAAACUAAACACUAUUUCUGAAACGACUGACUGUA